CUAUUGCUUUGACACUCCCACAUUGGAUAUGAAUAUGGAGAGUUAAAGAUCUUCAGUUCCUUUUUCAAUAAGACAGGAAGAAGAUCUGUGAAAGAGAAUCAUCAUUUAAGUAAGUGAAUGAAGAAGGAUGGCAUCGACUCAGCUUAAGGAAACACAGGAUGCUGCAGUUCAGAUUGACAGAAGAUUGACAGUCAAUGUUGAGAUGAAAGCUGACAGAAGUGCAGCUAUAAAGGCUCCUGUACUUACUGGAAACAUCAUAUCAGGCCCAGUAAACAUCUAUGGCUCAAGCUCUGCAGAGCAACAAGCGUCCUCAGAGACAGCAGGAAAACAUACAGUAAAACAAGAGGACUUAAAGCAUUUUUUGAAAAGUCACAAAGCCAACUUGAAAGACAAGGCUGAACGUAUUUUUGAUGUCAAAAAGGAAGAAGAAACAUAUCUGAAUGAUGUUUACACAGAGCUCUUUAUCACAGAAGGUGAUAUUAAAGGAGUCAAUGAAGAACAUGAGAUUUUACAGAUUGAUGAAGUUUUCAAGAGUAAAAAACAUCAGGACAGACCAAUCCACUGCAAUGAUAUAUUCAGUUCACUGAGACAAAGAACGACAAAUAAAAAGAUUGUACUGACCAAAGGCAUUGCUGGCAUUGGAAAAACUGUCUCUGUAUACAAGUUCAUCUUGGACUGGGCUGAAGGAAAAGCCAAUCAGGAUAUAGACGCCAUGUUCCUGUUUCCAUUUCGAGAGAUUAAUUUGAUUAAAGAUGAAAAUAUCAAUCUCCAGCAGCUUCUAAGUAAAUUUUAUCCUGCUCUGAAAGAUAUGAAUAAAACAAAUCUAUAUAAGAAGUGUAAUCUCGCUUUUAUUUUUGAUGGACUUGAUGAGAGUCGAUUGCCUUUAAAUUUUAAAAUAAAAAAAAUGAAUGAUGUUAAGGAAAGAUCAUCUGUAGAUGAAUUGAUUACAAAUCUGGUCAGAGGUGAUCUGCUUCCAUCAGCUUAUGUCUGGGUGACCUCCCGACCAGCAGCAGCCAAUCAAAUCCCUUCAGAGUUUGUAGGUUUGUUCACAGAGGUGCGAGGAUUCACUGAUCAACAGAAGGAAGAGUACUUCAGAAAGAGAAUAUCAGAUGAGUCUCAGGCCUCCAGAAUUAUCUCACACAUCAAAACAUCUCGUAGUCUUUACAUCAUGUGCCACAUUCCUGUCUUCUGUUGGAUUACAGCUAUUGUUCUUCUGGAAACUCUCACUGAGAACAAGACAAAGGAGAUUCCCACAACACUCACUGAAAUGUACAUUCACUUCCUUAUAAUACAGAUGAACAUGAAGAACAGGAAACAUGAUGAAGACCUUGAAAGAAACUAUGCAAAGCUGUUGAAUUCAAAUAAAACAAAGAUUUUAAAAUUGGCCAAGCUAGCUUUUGAACAACUAAAGAAUGGAAACACAAUGUUUUAUGAGGAAGAGCUGAAAAAGUGUGAUAUUAAUGUCAGUGAAGACACACCUGAGUCCACAGGAAUGCUCACUGAGAUCUUUAAGAAAGAAGCUGGACUUCAUGAGAUGAAGGUCUUUUGCUUUGUACAUCUGAGUGUUCAAGAGUUCCUCGCUGCACUACAUGUGUUCAUGAGCCACCUGAACAAGAACCUGGAGGAGCUUCAGUUUUUCUUCAAUCAUGAAAUUAACUUCUUCUUUAAAAAGCUUCUCAAAAUAGUUUCUCUACAUGCCUUACUGAAGAAUGCUGUUGAUAAAGCAAUAGAGAGUGAAACAGGGCAUUUUGACCUUUUCUUGAGGUUUCUGUUGGGCAUUUCACUGGAAUCCAAUCAGAAACUGCUGAAUGGUUUGUUUAAUGUCACUGUGAACAGCACAAAGAGCAUCACAAUAGUUAAAGAUCACAUUAAACAAUUACAAAAUCACAACAUCCCAGCUGAAACUUCAGUUAAUCUAUAUUACUGCCUACUUGAGCUAAAAGACAAAUCAUUACACGAGGAAAUCCAGCGAUACCUGAGUUCAGGUGAUCAUUUAGGAAGAGAACUCUCAGCUUCAAUGUGUUCAGUGUUGACCUACAUACUGCUGAUGUCAGAUGAGGUGAUGGAUGAGUUCGACAUAAAGAUGUACAAAACGUCACCUGCAAACUACAUGAGACUGAUCCCAGCUGUGAGAUGCUGCAGAAAAGCUAAAUUGACAGACUGUAAUCUCACUGUUGAGUGCUGUAAAAGUUUAUCAAAUGCUCUACAUUCGCCAAAUCAUAUUUUGGAGCUGAACCUGAGUCACAAUAACCUGCAGGAUUCAGGAGUGAAGCUGCUCUUUGAUGGACUGAAGAGCCCAAACUGUAAACUGAAGUUACUGAGAUUAUGUUACUGUAAGUUGACACAGGAAGGCGUUUCUUAUUUGGCUUCAUCUCUGAGGUCAAACCCAUCACACAUAAGAGAUCUGGAUCUGAGCUACAAUAACCCAAGAGUCUCAGGAAUGAAGCUGCUCUCUGAUCUACUGGAAGAUCCAAACUGUAGACUGGAGACACUCAGGUACACGUUUAUAUUUUGUAAUCUUACUGCUGAGUGCUGUGAAAGUUUAUCAGCUGCACUACAAUCAUCAAACUGUCAUCUGAUAGAUCUGAACCUGAGUAACAAUAAACUGAUUCAGGAUUCAGGAGUGAAGCUGAUCUCUGAUGGACUGAAGAGCCCAAACUGUAAACUGCAGACACUGACAUUAUCUGGCUGUAAAGUGACAGAGCAAGGCUUUUGUUAUCUGGCUUUAGCUCUGAGGUCAAACCCAUCACACCUAAUUAAUCUGGAUCUGAGCUUCAAUAACUCAGGAGCCUCAGGAAACGAGCUGCUCUCUGCCCUUGUGAAGGAUCCAAACUGCAGACUGGAGAAUCUUGAAUUGGAUUUUGUGAGAUUGUUCGUAAGCGAAGUUGCUCCACCAAUCUGGGAACAAAUUGGGAACAUAAUUCCAUUUUUUCCCACCAAGUUGUGACACAAUCUCGAACAGGUCAGACAUGGAACAAUAUCUAACAACAACACAAAGCGAGCAACAUAAACGCACUGGAGCAUCAAGUUUUACAGCAGAGAUUCAGAGACAGCAUUUCAUUCAUUUAAAGAAAGUGUAAAAGGUGCUGUGAAAAGUGACAUGGAGAAACAUCUGAGAUAAGAUUUCCAAAUCUAUAAAAAUGAUCAAGGGAAAGAGUGCAGAUAUGUGUCACCAGGUGACUAUGUAGGGCAGGAACAAGAAGUGGCGGAGAAGGGUUCCGCUUGGGUAUGGUUUCCACCCGGACCCGAUUUUAAAGGCACCAUUGUAUUUCCUGGUCUCCCUGACAACAAUAAUCACGAGAAAUGAGCAACAGGUGUGGCGAAUCAGUGGAGCAACCCGUGAUUGGAAGAGGGACUGAAGACAAGCACAUAAAUAGGUCCAAGAAGCACAAAGGGAGAAGAGUUGUGUUCGGGCGGGAGUCCCUUUAUGCCUUGGGCAAAUGUAACCACACGCCCCGUCCCUGGAGGAGCCGAAAGGGCGCCGUUGAUCCGCGAAUCACUUAUGGUGUAAGGAAAGAGUGCGGCUGCCAGAAGAGGCGAAAAGGACGGGGCUGUGGAAAUUAAAGGGACACUACACCGGGUGCUUGUGGUGUACUUUGCAUACGCUGUGUUGCUGCUUUGCAGACGGACCACGCUGGCCGGAUCGUUCUCCUGAGGAGGAGAGAAAGGGGCAGUCAGCUGACGAAGGAAUAUCGAGGAGUUUCAUUAGAGAAAGAGCGGACACAGAGCCAUCAAGAGUGCAGACAAUAGCAGUUGUUGACAACUAAGUGUGAGUAACAGCUGUGGUACUUAUCUGUGCAAUACUUGUACGAGGAGUUGUUUGGUGUGUUCCUUUGUGUUUUUGAGGUCCCUGGCCCCACUGGAGAGGAAAGCGUGGGCGAGCCGUGGGUUGACCGGAAGCACGGACGAAGCACUUGGUAGGAAGCCCCGUUCACCAGUAGAAUAGUGGCCCUGUGGGAAAAAGGAAGCGCAGGUGAGCCAGAGGAGUGAUAAUCAACACGCCGGGCCUGUGAAUAACACACAUCUCACUCUCAUUGGCGGUCCAGCUAUCGCCCAACCAUCCUCUCGAGGUCGUCGUAGCCAGGUGGCAAGGGCGAUCUAAAAACCACGUGAAGUUGUAUAAGAGUGCUGUGGGUGAGUUUCACUGAUUGAUGGUGUUUACGCUUUACUUGCUGUGUGUAUGCUGUGCUUGUAGCGUUCAAACUGCCUAGCCUCAGACGAGUCGCGAGACGACGACAUCCGUUGUGGCCUGGGUCCUAAGGAGAGCGAGAAAAUUGAGCCCUGUGCCCGGGGUGUGUCACCGAGAGCUUCGUUCAUCCAUAGAGCAGACAGUGGUGAAACCCAGUGAGUAUUACCAAGAGUGUACCAUGCGGACUGUGGGUUGUAGCGGUGUGUGUACUGACCUCUCCAACAGAAGCUCGUGGUGAGCGGAGCCCCGAUGAAAGUUCGCCCCAACUCGUGACCCCGGUCGUGGAAGAAGGAGGGGGAGUUUGGGAAGCGUUCGGCUCCGUGCCAUCGGACCCACUAGUCCCUACGACGCCCGGACAGCCUGAGUGAAUGGGCGAAGGAAUGCGGUGCACCAACACUGUAGCGAAAAUCCACUGUUUGCAAGUAAAGCUCUGUGUGCAUGAAGAUCCCCAGUGCUGUGAGUAACAUAACCUGUGAAGUAAAACUGUUCUGUGCUUAUAGCAAUUACCUACCUGUGCAAGUGAAGCUCUGUGUGAGCGAAGAUCCCCAGUGCUGUGAGUAACAUAACCUGUGAAGUAAAACUGUUCUGUGCUUAUAGCAAUUACCUACCUGUGCAAGUGAAAGCUCUGUGUGAGCGAAGGUCCCCAGUGCUGUGAGUAACAUAACCUGUGAAGUAAAACUGUUCUGUGCUUAUAGCAAUUAUCUACCUGUGCAAGUGAAGCUCUGUGUGAAUGAAGAUCCCCAGUGCUGUGGGUAACAUAACCUGUGAAGUGAAACUGUCUGUGCUUAUAGCAAUUACCUACCUGUGCAAGUGAAGCUCUGUGUGAGCGAAGAUCCCCAGUGCUGUGAGUAACAUAACCUGUGAAGUAAAACUGUUCUGUGCUUAUAGCAAUUACCUACCUGUGCAAGUGAAGCUCUGUGUGAGCGAAGAUCCCCAGUGCUGUGAGUAACAUAACCUGUGAGGUAAAACUGUUCUGUGCUUAUAGCAACUAUUUACCUAUGCAAGUGAAGCUCUGUGUGAACGAAGAUCCCCAGUGCUGUGAGUAACAUAACCUGUGAAGUGAAACUGUCUGUGUUUAUAGCAAUUACCUACCUGUGCAAGUGAAGGCUCCGUGUGAAGCGAAGGUCCCCAGUCCCUGUCCCAAGUGGCCCUGGAGGCGAGCAGAAGAACUAUUAGUUUUAAAUUGCCCUUUCCCCUUUCCCUUUUCCCCCUUUCCUUUUUAAAUAUUUAAUAAAGUUUAUUUUAAAUGUA